CAACAGCAUUGACAAAGAGUUCACUUUUACAUUUUAAACCACGUUAUACUGUAAAUAGCCUAACUUGGUAAUAUGAUACAGGUUCUUUAUAAAAAAAUGUGCUACACAAUACACAAUCACAUGACCGGAUAUCGUCUGACGUUGGUAACUAAGAUUGAAUUUCAAUUUUCAACGACCGAAAAUAUCAAUAGUGACACAAAUGGCUUCCAACAUGGAGGGUUCAAUCCAUAGAGGAUGUGACUUUAUUUUUGACUUUUCUUGUUUCACCUGUCAGGAAAAUGAUAGAAACACAGAGGCUGGAUUUUACUGUGAGGAAUGUUCUAAAUUUUACUGUAGCAAAUGUGUGGAGUAUCAUAACUAUCUUUAUAAGAAGCAUGCCAUUUUGAGCAAAGAAAACAUCAGCCUAUGGCCUGAGACUGAUGUGGUUGAACAAGACAAAUGUAAGGAGCACCAGAAAGAAAAACUGACAAUAUUCUGUGAGGACCACAGUGAGCUGAUAUGUCAUGUCUGCCAUUUCCAUAAUCAUCAGAAAUGUAGUCAUUUGGUACUAAUAUCUGACAAAGUGAAACAGCUGCAUCAAAAAGGAGACUUCAAGCAGUUGUCAGCAACUAUUUAUGCACAACAUCAGCAAUUGAUACAUGAGAAAGAUGACUUAGAGGAGAAUAUUAAGUCUCUUGAGAAAUCGUACACAACAAUUCUGGAAGAAAUCAACACUUUACGAAAGACAAUUAAUGAUUCUUUGGAUCAAUUGGAGAAAUAUACCAAGAAGGAGUUGGACACAUUUCUGGUCACAAUGAGAACAUCAAUUCAAACUGAUAUUGAAAACUGCACUAAAUCCAUCACAAAUAUUACAUGUCAUCAUGAAGAUUUCCUGAAAAUAAAAGACAAAAGUGAAGCACUUAGUUUUAUCAAGUACAGAAAAUGUAUUGACCAGUCCCUUAAGGUAGAAUCAGUUUUACAAGAAAUGACAACAAAGACUGAAAUGACACUUACCUUUAGACCUGAUACAACCAUCCAACAAACCCUGUCCACUCUCUCGUGAUUGGGACAAAUACUGAGAACAGUGGAACAAUCACACCCUGCUAAAAAGACAACACAGAACACGGAUAGCAGACAGAAUAAACCUAAAGAAACCACCCAGUCUGACACUGAACACCAAACAACUUCAGGAUUCAAGGUAAACAAAUCCCAUCCAGAAUCUAGUAUAUGUAGAAGUUAUAGCCCUGGAAACGGAACAAGUGAUCUGACCAAGUCAGGCCAAGUAUUUGAUCCAGUAUCAAGUUCAUCACACCAGCUGGUCCAGAGAUAUCAACCAGGGG